AUAAAAAUUGAAGUAUAUUUUUCCUUUCUAAAUACAUUAGAGCGACUUAGCUCCCACAAAUGAAAUUUGUCGUGAAACUUAUUUUUCUAACGGCAACCAUACGAUGUUGUUUUCAAUGUGUCUAACUAGGCAUUUCAGCUUGGGAUUUGAUAUUGACACAAAUAUAUACAUACAUAUAAUCUUCCCAUAUAUCUCUAUAUUUUAGCUUCUCCGCAGAAUUUAAUUGGGAAAAAAAAAUGAAUUAACUGCUGAAAUCCCUUAAUCCCAAGGGAGUUCUUGAUUCUCUCCUUGGCAAAUAAUUGCACAAUCUGGCAGAAAUUUAAUUUUAAUAAACAAGUGAGUUUUGAUUAAGUGGCGAUGACAUAUCACGCUACUGAUGAUGAUGGCAGAGCGGGAGAUUACGUGAAAUUACAAGACGGUGUUGAUGGUAAGGCGGCGUUUUCAGCGUCAUCCGGUUGUUGUGGCGGUGGUAGCGGAGGAUGGUGGCGAUCGUAGGGGUCUUGGCUGCUGUUUUGUUCAAACGGGUCGAACCCUUUUUUCAUGGAUAAGCGUCUUGAUGAGAACUUUGGCUGACGUUUCACACAAUCAAAAUGGCCUAUCAGCUUCACAGAUUGCUUUCAAUGCGGUGAACAAACUGCAGACUGAAGACUUACCAAUGCGCUGCAUGGAAAGGGAAGGGAGUCGAGACAAAAAUCCCAACAUUAUUGCUGGAGAUUUUGGACUGCAGAUGAAGUUGAAAUCGAUUGUAAGUGUCGUAAAGUGAGACAUGCUUUUGUUGAGCUCCUUUCUUCUUUCUUUUCUUCCACAUUAUGGUCCAAAAAAUGUCUUUGACUUCAUCAUUUACUUUGACAGGGAUAGCACAGAAGACUCUUUGUCCCCAUCUAUUCGCUUUAAUCCAUAAAAAGGCAGAGAUAAAGUCUGACUUAAAGUUUUUUUGUGAUUAUUGUCUCGGUUGGCAGAUUUGAUGUAAAGUUAUAGUUCGUGACACCAUUGUAAUCUACCGUAUGUGAUCCAGAAUCAAGCUUGGGAAUCAUGUCAAGCCCAGUCUAUCGGACCUACUCCAUUUCAUUCAUGCUCUGCAUCAAAAUUUUAGGUAAAAUGCGCAUUACUUAUUUUCUUGGUUUGAUAUUGCCCAGCACGGUAAGUCGGGCUCUCUUCUUUGGUUAAUUUCUUCUUCUUGAUGUACUCUUGAGAACGAAAUGAGGUAGGUGAGGAACUGUCGGUUAGACGAUUAGAGCACAUGACUACAAAUCAUGGUGUUGGGGUUUGAGCCCUUCCUCAUUCACAACCAGAUCCAAGGUGAAGUACCUUUUCCGUGUGGUAGGUAGGAAAAUCACGAUUGAGAUAACGGAUCAAAAGCUAUUUUUUAUUGCAAAAAAAUGUAGUGCUAUAGCACAAGUGACAGUUUACAUUUUGGAGUGAUAUAUUUAUUAAUCUUGAUUCUUAGCAGACCAAGAUGCCGUUGAGUGUCAGUCAAACGUUCCAAUUUCAAAAUAAAUGUGUUGUUACACUUUCUCUUCAACCAACUAGCAUUUUUUAAA